AUGUCGUCUACAAAUCCCCAGAAGUCAACCGACGGCCCUAGCCGCCGGCAGAGUGCCUCAAUGGGUAACUUUGGAAACGACAAUGUCGAUCGCAGCGAGGAAACCGUCCUCACCCGCAAACAGAAGCGCCUACAACGCCGCGAAACGCUCCGUCUUCAGGCUGAGGUUGCCCCUUUUCUAGGAAUGGACCUCGAUGACGAGGAAGAGACCAAGGAAAAGGAAGAGACCAAGACCGAGGAGAAGGUCGAGGUAGAAAAGAAGGAGGAGCCUGGCAAGAAUGUGAUCGGCUCGCCUCUCGCUACCAUUCUUGAAGUGGACGAGAGUACCGUCGAUGAAGAGGCCGUAACAAGCGGUCUUCGCCCUGACACCUUCAAGGCACCACCAUCAGGGGGGUCAGAGUUCCCUGUUCAAAACGACAAGAAGUGGUGGACCAGACGCACGCCAUCGUUACAGUUCACCAAGUGUGCAGUAUCUCCUAUGUCGGCAGAACAUACACUGGAAAAGAUGGCGGCGCAACACGCUCUUUACGACCAACCAUCUACGAUUUUAGUUGACAAUAAAAUACGUGUUGUCCCCUACGCAGUUCUCCAAAAUGUGAUCUUUGUACCUCUAAUUGCUCGCCCAUCUUGCAUGAAAGCUUUUUACGACUUCAAGAUGAUGAUACGUAUUGGGCAGAGACAAGAUACCUGCGAGCAUUGUUACGCUACCUUUGAUGUUGGUAUGUCGGAUUUGGGCUUCGUGGUGGUAAAGGCUGUAACGAACUCGGCUGAAGGUCUGUCCGAUCUUACACACCAGAUGUUCUUUACUGGAAAAGAGGAUAUGGACGGAAUGCCAGAUAACACCAACAGAAGUAUUGGUUAA